AUGGCGUCCAACCCCUCAACGCUCCUCUGGGGCGGUCGCUUCACAGAGGGCAUGAACGACCUUAUGGUCACCUUUAACGAGUCGCUCCCCUUCGAUAAGGCGCUGCACGAGGCUGAUAUCCGGGGCUCCAUCACCUUUGCCAAGGCACUGCGGCAGCUCGACCUCCUCACCGACGAGGAGCUCCGCGAGAUCACCACGGGCCUUGAGGCUGUCGAGAAGGAGUGGGCUGACGGCACAUUUGUCGUCCAACCUGCUGUUGAUGAGGACAUCCACACGGCCAACGAGCGUCGUCUCGCCGAGCUCAUCGGGCCGACCAUCGCUGGCAAGCUUCACACAGGUCGGUCCCGGAACGAGCAGAUCGCUACCGACAUGCGUCUUUGGGUGCGAGCCCAGCUCGACGACCUCUCUGAACAACUGCGCGCCGCUCUGGCCGUUUGCGCCGCCCGCGCCAAGGCAGACAUUGAUGUCCUGAUGCCCGGCUACACACACUUCCAGCGCGCCCAGCCCGUCCGCUUCUCGCACUGGUUGCUCUCCCAUGCCACGUACCUCAUGGGCGACCUGCAGCGGCUCCGCGGCGUCCGGGACCGCACCAACUGCUGUCCCCUCGGCGUCGGCGCCCUGGCCGGCAACCCCUUCGGCAUCGACCGCGCCUUUCUCGCCGAGGAUCUCGGCUUCUCCUCCGUCCACCCCAACAGCUUGGCGGCCGUCGCGGACCGGGACUUCGUCGUCGAGAUCCUGCAGUGGUCGAGCCUGCUGAUGGUGCACCUCAGCCGCCUUAGCGAAGACGUCAUUAUUCAGUCUACAGCCGAGUUCGGUUUCGUCCGUGUUGCCGACGCCUACAGCACCGGCAGUAGUUUGAUGCCCCAGAAGAAGAACCCCGACAGCCUCGAGCUGAUCAGGGGCAAGGCCGGUAGGGUCAUGGGUCAGGCAUCGGGCUUCCUUUCCACCCUCAAGAGCCUUCCGACGGCGUAUAACAAGGACCUCCAGGAGUCAGUGGAGCCCCUCCUCGACUGCGUCAAGACAGUUUCGCACUGCCUGCGAAUCGCCGCCGGCGUCCUGAGCACGCUGCAGAUCGACUCGGAGAAGAUGAAGGCCGCCCUGACGGCCGAUAUACUCGCCACCGACGUCGCCGACUAUCUAGUCAUGAAAGGCGUACCCUUUCGGCAGACGCACCACAUAGCCGGCGCCGUUGUCCGCAAGGCAGAGGAGAAGGGCGUCUCUAUCGCCGAACUAGAGCUGCCGGAACUCAAGCAGAUCUCGCCCCAGUUCGAGGCCGAUAUUGUUGACGUCUUCGACUUCGAGAGGAGCGUCGAGAGGAGAUCUGCCCAAGGGGGCACGAGCCGGAGCUCAGUACUAGACCAGAUCUCCGCCAUCGAGGCUUAUCUGGCCGGGAAUUAG